AUGUCACUGCCGCAAGAUCUCGUCACCCAAAUCGACAACAAUAACAACAUCAAUUCUACAGACAACAACGCGGUUCACGUCAUCGAGCAUCGCCAUGUCCUAGAAUUCCACUACCCAUGCCCUGGCAUCGUUACUCAUGAGCAGAAGUCUCUGGCGUACAUCGACGAGCCAUCGAACAUGAAACUUCGCCCCAAUCCAGCAGAGACCCUCAGCCUAGUCAGAGUCAAAGGCAUUGACACAAACUUCUUCGUGGUCCUCAUGCCCUCAGUACAGCAGGAUGCUGGGACAGACCAAACUGAUCUCAUCGAGGCUAUUGAGCAGAUAGCGAGCAAGCCUUUCCACCAAGUUGCAAGAAUCAUGGAUGUAAAGACUGGAUAUGUGCACAACACCCUCUUGCUUGCCACUGGUCAUGGAAUAGCUCAUAAUAAAGGGAGGUACAUUCUCGAUGAGGAAGAAUGGGAGAAUCUGCUUAGCCACGCUGAUAAAGCCUGCUGGGUAGAGGUGCUACAGCACUUAGUAAACUCCGAGAAGAGACUUUGUGAAGUGAUUAGAGUGAGCAGUGAGAGCCAGCGAGUGAUAGCAGCUGUAUCUCUGUGUUCACUGCAGCUUUCGUAG